UAAUGAAGUCGCGCUGUCACGCGGAGCCGCAGACGGAGGAUUUCAGGCACAUGUGGAGCGCCUGGAAGUGACCCCGCUGUCGCGCGCCGAUGACGCGGAGCUGCAGCCGACAUGUGUGAGGUGAAAAGGGAGGCGCUCUCUUUGGAGUCCGCUCAGCGCUCUGUGGAGAAGUGGACACUGCGAUCCCAAAGUGUCAGUGUAGAAAUCAUCUCUUUAGGUGCUGUCAUAACCUCCAUCAAAACCCUAGACCGGAGUGGACACACUGCGGAUAUAGUGUUAGGCUUCGACGAUCUGGGAAGUUAUCUCACCAAUCCUCGCUACUUUGGAGCUGUGGUGGGACGUGUUGCUAACCGUAUUGCUAAGGGCCAGUUUGUUAUUGAGGGAAAGGUAUACAAACUGGCCAUCAAUAAUGGACCCAAUGCCCUUCACGGUGGCCUCAAAGGCUUUGACAAGUACGUGUGGACCUGUGAGGCUGUGGAGAAUGGAGUCAGAUUGAGCCACAGCAGUGCUGAAGGGGAUGAAGGUUACCCUGGCAACCUAAAGGUUUCGGUUACCUAUACACUGGAGGAAAACAUACUGACUGUACAGUACUCCGCCCAGACUGACCAAACUACACCAGUCAACCUGACCAAUCAUUCAUACUUCAAUCUGGCUGGACAGGGCACACCAGACAUUUAUGACCAUGAAGUGACCAUCUCAGCUGAGGCCUACCUGCCUGUGGAUGACACCAUGAUCCCCACUGGAGAGAUUAGACCUGUAGAGAAUUCACUCUUUGACCUCCGUAAGCCUGUCCUUCUUGGGCCUCGACUGAAGGAACUUCCUGGUCCUGGAUUUGAUCAUAACUUCUGCCUCUGGGUUCCAGGACAACCAAAAUUAGAGAGGAAGUGUGCCAGAGUGGUGCAUCCUGGGACAGGGCGUGUCCUGGAGGUGAGCACCACCCAGCCUGGUGUUCAGUUCUACACUUCCAACUUUCUGGAUGGAUCACUUGGAGGCAAAGGAGGCACAUCAUACCCCAAACACAGCGCUUUUUGUCUAGAGACCCAGAACUGGCCAGAUGCUGUAAAUCAGCCCCAGUUUCCUGAAUCUCUGCUGAGGCCAGGAGAAGAGUACAUGCACACUACACGCUUCACUUUCUCAGUAGCCUGAGGCAUUAAAACUUAUUUUCUCACUACAGAUUACUGUGUCAAGCUUGACAAACACAAGGCCAUAGCUUCCUUUCACCUCUCGUAAAAUGUGUGCGAUUAAAUCUAUAGGACUAUAGGAACAGUUUCAUUCCAAAACGAUGCAUAUUUGUUUCUAACAAACUUGGAUAUGAUGAAAAGCAGCUUUAUAGACUUAUAAUGGAAAACAUUGUUAUUUCUCUAAUAAAAGUGGUACUAGUCAGAAUAUAACAUUUCUUGUAUGUAUAAAGCCCAAGCUCAACAAUGUAAAUCAUGAAAAGAAGAAAAUUAUAUAGAGUGGUCUUCAAUGCGUUUUGGAAUGAAACCCUUAGCAUCAUUCAUGAGGUUCAAGUACAGAUGAAAGUUCUAAUGGGAUAAAAAAAUAAAAAGAACUCUGAAGAAUGUUGCACUUUUUUUUUAAUCUAUAGAACAUUCCAGUCAGAUUUUAAUUAGCAAAAUAAAUUCACAUUUUGACUAAAGCUCCAAUUUCUGUAGAGAUCCAAAGCAGCCACAUGCCUUAUUAACUCAACUUAUAAUUAAUAAACUGACUGAUUUAUGUUUUAGCACAAUCAACAUGUCACUUCUUUCAGCAAACAAAAUUGAUCAGAAGUUACAUUUGUAUAACAAACCAUUCUUUGGCUUGUGUUUUAUUCUUGUUAUUCAGCUCCCAUCAAGCACUGUGCUAAGACAUUCCAAAUGUCCUUUGGCAAAAUAUACAUGUUUAUAUAAUUUGUGUUUAUAACGAUCAUACAUUAUUUACAUAUAUAGUCAGUCAUUAAAAUAAAACACAUGCUUUACACUUGAAAUGUCAUGCACAUGCUUCACUUCUAAGUGCUCCUCAGUGCAACAGUGCAGAACAACAUAAGGCAAACUGUUUCUCCCUCACAGAAUCCAAUAUGGACUUAGUCCCAAUUUACAGUAUGAAUGUAAAUCACCCAAGUGAUCAAACUUUUCUUUUUUUUCUUCUGUGGAAGAAACAAACAUGACAUCACAACGACAAUUCAAAUAAACCCUAUUACUAACUAAGAAGA